AUGUCAGCAGAUCUUUUCGCGGAAUUCGGAGCUAGCUCUAGCUCAAGCCAACAACAGCAGGCUGGGACACCCACGAAGGCUGGCCCACAUGCUGCGUCGCCAUUCAGCUUCUUCGACGGCUUGGGCACCGCUCCCGCGCCAAUAGUUCAAUCGCAACCUGCAACACCGCAACAACAUUCUCAUAGCUUCAGUCUAGCCUCUACACAUACUACGAUCGCUGAAAACGAUGACUGGGGUGAUUUUGAGGGUGGCUCAUCAUUCGAGCCUGCCCCUCCGGUCAAUCAAGAUCCUUUCGCUUCCGCGCCCCCUCGGGUUUCACAGCCUCUGCAGAACUCAUGGGACAUUAAUCCGGCCGCUCACGACACAUUUGCGUCCCAAAAGAGACAGCCUUCUCUACCCUCACAAGAAACAUGGCAAAGAGCACCGAUUAUGAAGGCAAAGAAAUCAGCAGACCCAAGCGUGCUAUUUGACGCAGAAGAUGAUCUCGAUGAUGAUGAUGAUGAUGAUUUUGGGGACUUUGAAGGAACAGGCGAAACAAAACCAACACCAGCAGUCCCAGUGGCUAGCUCUUCGGCGCUUGCUGAUCUGUUGGAAGACUUGAGUGUAUCACAACCUCAGCCUCCUGUCGCUAGGGGAAGAGUUGAAAGAGGUGCAAACAAUACUCCGAGAACGGUAUCUUCAGUUAAGAAAGGCUCAGCUACUGGGGCUGGUAUUGUGUCUAAGCCCAAGCAGCCAUCAGCGACACCGACUUCAAUAGCACAACCGAAGGAUGAUGCUUGGGACACGUUUGAAGACUGGGAAGCCUCCAUCCCGACUAAAGCACCAGCAAAAGGGUCGAGCAAACCAGAUGCUGUUAAAAUCUCAACCGCGGCUAAAACCUCUACAUCACCUACUCCUAUCCUAUCUCCAACGACAGACGACCCGCAACCUGGGGAACUGCCGCCGACUAAUGUACCACCGCCGGGCGUUCUUCUCUCGCUUUUCCCAUCAAUGUUUGCAGAUGCACAGGAUAAGCUAUUUAAGCCCAUGGCGGCCCAGACUCUACCUAUCAGGAACAAAAUGCUAGCCGAACAGGCUACGAUCGCCUACCUUCAAGGCUACCUCAUCCUAGCAAAUGUUGCAGCACACGUCAUAGCUGGGCGAAAACUUCGCUGGAAGCGGGACCAACAUCUCUCACAGGGCAUGAGAAUCGGCCCGGCAUCAUCACGAGCGACGUCAGGCAUGAAGUUGACGGGAAUUGAUAAGGGUGAGAACAUGAAGGAGGAAAGGGAGGCUUCUGACGUUGUGAGGGUUUGGAAAGAGCAGGUUGGAAGACUACGGCAUGUCAUCUCAGGCGCGAACCAGAUCAGAGCAGGCACCUUGGGCCCCGCACCAGACCUCCAGGAGACGAUGCCAGUGAAGGCAUUGAAGCAAUCUGAAGGAGGGAUCCCUGCACGACAGCCCUGUAUGCUGUGUGGAUUGAAGAGGGACGAGAGAGUUACUGCGGCAGAUUUGGCUGUUGACGAUAGCUUCGGAGAGUGGUGGAUCGAUCAGGUCAAUAUGCAUCGGGGAUGUCGCAACUUUUGGACUCAGCACAAAGACAAACUUCGACAACACUGA